AUCCUCCUCCAUCCUCCUCCUCCUCCUCCUCCUCCCCGAACUGCGGCGGCGGGAGCGGCGUCUGUCAGGACCGGAGAUCGCCCAGGGGACAGAGGACACAGCGCUGCCCCCUGCCCUCCCCUGCCCGCGCCCCCGGGUGGACAAGUUCUUUCUGUCCAGCCGCAACCGGUGGAGAAGUGAUGGUCCGAGCCAGCCCUUCCCUCACGUCCUAGACCUGCCUCGCGUGGACUUGACACCUCUUCACACAGCUUGCCUCUGCCCCAAGAACGCAGACCUGUUUGAAAUGAUUGAGAAGAUGCAGGGAAGUAGAAUGGAUGAACAGAGAUGCUCCUUCCCACCUCCUCUGAAAACAGAAGAGGACUACAUCCCCUACCCCAGUGUCCACGAGGUCCUGGGGCGAGAAGGGCCCUUUCCCCUCAUCCUGUUACCCCAGUUCGGCGGCUACUGGAUCGAAGGCACCAACCACGAGCUCGUCAGCACCCCCGAGACCGAGCAGCCCCAGUCCCCAACCUCCAAGGUGAAGCUGGAAUGCAACCACAUGGCCCGGAUCUACCGGAAGCACUUCCUGGGCAAGGAACACUUCAAUUACUACUCAGCGGAUGCUGCCCUGGGACACCUGGUGUUCUCGCUCAAGUAUGAAGUCAUCGGGGACCAGGAGCACCUGCGACUGCUCCUCAGGACAAAGUGCAGGAGCCACCACGAUGUCAUCCCCAUCUCCUGCCUCACCGAAUUUCCCAAUGUGGUCCAGAUGGCCAAGCUGGUGUGCGAAGAUGUCAACGUGGACCGUUUCUAUCCCGUACUCUACCCCAAGGCCUCCCGCCUCAUCGUGACUUUCGACGAGCACGUCAUCAGCAAUAACUUCAAAUUCGGAGUCAUUUACCAGAAACUUGGCCAGACCUCCGAGGAGGAGCUGUUCAGCACCAAUGAGGAGAGCCCGGCCUUUGUGGAUUUCCUGGACUUCCUGGGUCGGAAGGUCAAACUGCAGGACUUUAAAGGGUUUCGCGGGGGCCUGGAUGUGACUCACGGGCAGACGGGGACGGAGUCCGUCUACUGCAACUUCCGCAACAAGGAGAUCAUGUUCCACGUCUCCACCAAACUGCCGUUCACCGAAGGGGAUGCCCAGCAGUUGCAGCGGAAGCGGCACAUCGGAAACGACAUCGUGGCGGUGGUGUUCCAGGACCAGAACACUCCCUUUGUGCCCGACAUGAUCGCUUCCAACUUCCUGCACGCCUACGUGGUGGUGCAGGCGGAGGGCAGCGGCCCUGACGGGCCCCUCUACAAGGUAUCUGUCACGGCGCGGGACGAUGUCCCGUUCUUUGGGCCCCCGCUCCCAGACCCAGCUGUGUUCAGGAAGGGCCCUGAGUUCCAGGAGUUCCUGCUGACCAAGCUCAUCAAUGCCGAGUAUGCUUGCUACAAGGCGGAGAAGUUUGCCAAGCUGGAGGAACGCACCCGGGCCGCCCUCCUGGAGACCCUCUAUGAGGAGCUGCACGUCCACAGCCAGUCCAUGAUGGGCAUGGGCGGGGACGAGGACAAGCUGGAAAACGGCGGAGGGGGAGGGGGCGGCUUCUUCGAGUCCUUCAAGCGGGUAAUUCGGAGCCGCAGCCAGUCCAUGGACGCCAUGGGCCUGAGUAACAAGAAGCAGAACACCGUGUCUGCCAGCCACAGCGGGAGCUUUGGUCCCAGCAACCCUGACCUGGCUAAAGCUGCAGGCAUAUCAUUGCUUAUCCCGGGGAAAAUCUCGAGUAAACAUGGACGACGGGGCAGCGCCAUAGGCAUAGGAACCAUCGAAGAGUCGCUGAUUGUGCCCGGGAAGAGCCCGACCCGGAAGAAGUCGGGUCCCUUCGGCUCCCGCCGCAGCAGUGCCAUCGGCAUCGAAAACAUUCAGGAGGUGCAGGAGAAGAGGCCGGGCAUGGAGUCGCCUCGCUGCCCUCGGGGGCCCCGCAGGGAGAGCCCUCCAGCUGGCCAGAAAACCCCAGACAGCGGGCACGUCUCCCAGGAGCCCAAGUCGGAGGACUCUUCCAAUCAGAGCUCCCCGGAGAUGCCCACUACCAAGAACAGGGCGGAGCUGGUGCAGAAAGCAGAGGUGCUCAAGGAGUUCUCCCGCUCUUCCUCCAGCGCCAGCAGCUUCGCCAGCGUGCUGGAGGAGACCGAGGCGGCCACUGAGGAUGACACGGGCCUGGAGAGCGUGUCCUCCUCUGAGACGGCCCACAAGCGAGACUCCUUCGUGUACAGCACCUGGCUGGAGGACAGCGGGAGCACCGCCAGCUCUCCGGGCCCCUCACGGUCACCCCAGACAGAGGCCGAUCAAUCCGGGGACCCAGCGUGUCCGGAGAUCAAAAUCCAGCUGGAAGGGUCGGAGCAGCGCACAACUAAUCCGAGCUCCUAGCCCUACUCACCAGGCAUCCAUGGAUGUGUGUUUCCAGACCAGGCCACGGAAGCUCAAGCCAAGGGAGUCACAGUGUGGCCUGCUCCCCGUC